UUGCUCACCAUUCUCCAUCUCAUUUUCACUCAUCACAACUCAGUAGUAGUAGUAGUGAAGCCGAGGAAACAAUCCAGUUUGACCAUGAGUCCCUCCACCUGGACCCUUGAGAUCGAGUCCCCAGCCCCCGCCGCAAGGCUGUUCAAGGCCGUCCUCGACUGGCACAACCUGGCCCCUAAGCUCCUGCCCAACAUCGUCGCAAGCGCCGUCGGUGUCCAAGGUGAUGGCAGCGUCGGAAGUGUCCGGCAGCUCAACUUCACCUCAGCAAUGCCAUUUGGGUAUGUGAAGGAGCGCCUGGACUUUGUGGACUUCGACAAGUUUGAGUUCAAGCAAAGCCUGGUGGAAGGCGGUGAUCUCGGGAAGAAGAUCGAGUCAGCCUCGAGCCAGUUCAAGUUCGAGCAAACCAGAAAAGGAGGGUGUGUGUGCAAGGUGGUCACAACCUAUAAGCCAUUACCAGGAGUUGAGAACAAGGAUGAGGUAGCCAAGGGAAAGGAAGCAGUGACCGGGACCAUCAAGGCAGCAGAGGCCUACCUCCUGGACAACCCUGGUGCCUAUGCCUGAAGUGGUUCGGGUUUGAGCUCGUAUACGUGGUGGUGUGAUAGAACUAUAAUAAGCAAGAGCUUGCUCUCCAAAAAAAAGCAAGUGCUUGCUUUUGGAGUGAGCGUUUGUGAAGUUGUUCUGG